UAUAUUUGUUGAUAUCCUGGCUGCUUGAGUUCCUUUUUUGGGAUUUGGGUUUAGCUUUCUAAAUAUAAUAAUCCUCCUCUUUAGGGUUUUUACAAUUAUAAUUGACACGAUAAAAUUAUCUAUAUGAAGGGCUGAUGGAUAACACAAGGGAUUUGGCUUUGUUUUCGCCUUUGGAGUCUUUCAACAUGGACCAAAGAGGUGUCAGUGAAACUCAAGAAAGCUAAACAGCUGAGCGCACUCCGCGUUCAGAGCGUAAGCGCCAGGACUCGUUUGGGAUGUUUGACGGGUAUGACAGCUGCAGUGAGGAGAGUACCAGCAGCUCCAGCUCUGAUGACAGUGAGGAUGAGGUUCCCUCUAUCCCCGCCAGCCUACCCAUCAUCAAGAACAAUGGGCAGGUGUACACCUACCCUGACGGCAAGGCUGGUAUGGCCACUUGUGAGAUGUGUGGGAUGGUUGGAGUGCGAGAUGCCUUCUACUCAAAAACGAAACGCUUCUGCAGUGUCUCCUGCUCUAGAAGUUAUUCCUCCAACUCAAAAAAAGCCAGUAUCUUGGCUAGACUCCAGGGCAAGCCACCUACAAAAAAGGCGAAGGUCUUACAGAAACAGCCACUUAUGGCAAAGUUGGCAGCUUACGCACAGUACCAAGCAAGUCAACAACAGAACCAGGCUAAAUCAAAAUCAGUGAUUCCUGUUGAGGGGUUUGACUGGGGGCGUUACAUUUGUAGCAACAACCUGGUUGGAGCCCCAGUCAGUUGCUUCAAGCAUGUCCCUAUGGGUACAUGCUGGGGCGACCUAGCUGAAGGAGUGAGGGUGGAGGUGCUUAAUUCUGAUACCAGCCUCUCUACUAAAGUCUACUGGAUAGCAGGAGUCGUCAAACUUGCAGGUUUCAAAGCUCUGCUGCGGUACGAGGGUUUUGACAACGACACCAGCAGGGACUUCUGGUGUAACCUCUGUAUUCCAGAAGUCCAUCCCGUGGGCUGGUGUGCCUCCAGCGGGAGACCCCUUGUACCUCCCAAAUCGAUACAGCAUAAGUAUUCUAACUGGAAAGCCUUUCUUGUGAAGCGACUCACUGGAGCCAAAACACUGCCACCGGACUUUGCUUCCAAGGUCCAUGAGAACUUGCAGUUUCCCUUUAAGAAGCUGAUGCGUGUGGAGGUGGUUGAUAAGACCCACCUGUGCCGGACACGGGUGGCCUUGGUGGAGCAGGUGAUAGGGGGGAGGCUGAAACUCGUCUAUGAAGAGAGCAUGGACGGCUCGGAUGACUUCUGGUGUCACAUGUACUCCCCCCUAAUACACUUCAUUGGAUGGUCCCGGAGCAUCGGCCACCGCUUCAAACGCUCUGAUGUGUCAAAGAAAAUAGAUGGUCAGAUGGAUGCGCCUCCUCAGCUGUUUGCCAAGGUGAAAGAUGUGGACCAGAGUGGGGAGUGGUACAAAGACGGGAUGAAACUAGAGGCCAUCGAUCCUCUAAACCUCUCAGCCAUAUGUGUAGCCACUGUAAGAAAGGUGUUGGCCGAUGGGUACCUCAUGAUUGGCAUCGACGGGUCAGAGGCUGCGGAUGGCUCGGACUGGUUCUGUUACCACUCUACCUCUCCUUCCAUCUUUCCUGCCGGCUUCUGUGAAAUCAACAACAUUGAACUGACGCCCCCUCGAGGCUACACUAAACUGCCAUUUAAAUGGUUUGACUACCUCAGAGAAAUGGCUUCAAUAGCUGCUCCUGUGAAGCUCUUUAACAAGGAAGUUCCAAAUCACGGGUUUCGCCAGGGCAUGAAGCUGGAGGCCGUCGACCUGAUGGAGCCCAGGCUUGUGUGUGUUGCCACCGUGACGCGGGUCGUCCACCGCCUGUUGCGCAUCCACUUUGAUGGCUGGGAGGAUGAAUACGACCAGUGGGUGGACUGCGAGUCACCUGACCUGUACCCCGUGGGCUGGUGUCAGCUGACCGGCUACCUGCUCCAGCCCCCUGCCGCACAGAUGGCCCGAGAACUGCCUCCAACUGUACCCAAGCAGAAGAAGAAGGCCCAACAGUACAAAGGCCAAAAGAAAAAACGGAAGAUUCCUGUUGGUCGACGGCCCUUCAGUCAGGCAGGCAGGAGGAGGAGCCUAUCAGGAGAGGAGGAAGAGCAGAGUCCGCCUCCUUACUCCAGACAGGGCCCCACUCGGGCCCCCCGGCCCCGCACCCACCACCACCACCACCACCACACCCACAAACCAGAGUCUAUGUUACGUCCGAAGGAGGAACCGGCAGAAGUGGAUGACUUCCCCUUCUCCUUGGGCAUCUCAGACCAGGAGAGCAACGGCUCGGCCAGCCUCUACAUCAAACAGGAGCCCUGAUAAUGGCUGGGACAGGAGCCGGGGACAAGGCUUGGGAGGGCAGGGGAAAGUUGGGUAGGACAGGACCUUGGGAACCCUACAAUUACACAUUCAGAGAGAGACAGCCUUUCACCCCAACUAACAAAGACUAAAUCACAUCCAUAAGGUGUAAUAACAGGGUAUUAAAAAAACCAGAUAAUCCAGCCUUUUACACUCCAGUCAAGAGAAAUGCUACUGGGAGACUGUGGAUAUCCCAAAACACUGAGACAAUGUGCCCUGAAACCCCAACUGUCAACCCACAAACCAAUGGCGCUACCUGGGGCUUCCCAAAAUCAUUUGUGGGAGUUUUGAGCAGCUACCACAUCAAACCCUGGAGUCCUAAAAGACAGUCACCGAGACAUACCAUAUAAAUAAGGUAAUCAGCUAAUUCAAAACGUUCCACUGGCCAAGAAGAGGCUGCUUAUUAUACAUACCUGGAAAACCUAAUCAAAAUCCUACUUCCUGGAUGAUUGGAUACAUUUGAGUGAGUCUCUCUCUUCCUCCAGAAAUACAGGCAGCCUUUGAGCCCUGGAUGCCCACAACAAUAGCCUCUCCUUGGGUAGUCUGUCUCUCACCCUGCUGCAGGCCAGGCAGGACCUCCGACAUAAAUCUCUGGGCCACACACACACAAACACACACCUGGAUUAACUGUGACUGACAUUUCUGAGCCAGGUCUUUGAGUUCUUUCAGGUAAGUCAACUAGAAAAGGUGGGAGGGAACGAGCUGUAUAAAACAAGAUUAUUAUUUUAUUUACAAUUUUGCCUGGUGGACUUUGAUUGGUUAUUAGUACUUGAAGUUUCUAGUCAAUUUUUGUAAUGUUUUUUUUUCCAGCCCUUUAUUUCUUUCUGAUUUCUUAUUGACUGCUUGUUGGGGUGGGUGUAACUGUGGAUAUUCGGGAUACAUACUCAUAGAUGUGACCUAUUCAAUACUGAACUAUAUAGGAUUGUGAUUUGAUAAAAGUGGGUUUUGGAAAAAAAAUAAAGGUAUAAAUCUGAAACCUUGCGGGGGGAUAGGAUUUGACACUCAGACUAGUUGGGGUUUGUUUCCCAAUGGCUUAACUUCCAUACUACUUAGCAUUGGCUAUACGCUAGUAAGUUUGUUGGGAUACACUAGAUAAACACUGUCACAUAUUGCACUACAGGAACAAACCAAUCAAGACUCUUUAGCUUGUUGGAACCACCCGUACCUUUACCAUGUUAGCAGCUAUAGAAUAGAAGGACCAGACUUGCCUAGUGUUUGCAGAGGAUUAUUUUUCAUAGGGGAUACAAUUCAUGAAACCAAGCUGAUCCACGGGAAAAUCUCUUAAACUGUGGAAUAAUAUUCUAAUUUGUGUUAUAACUUACUUACCUCUUAGAAAACAAUUGCAAACUCUUGGUAAGUCUAGCCCUAAAAGAGAAGUAUUUAGUAAUCAAGCAAAGUUUAAUCCUACAAUAUUGUAAACCAGAAAGAAAAAUAAUGUAGGCUACUUGUCAAGGAUUAUAUUCAGAUAUGCAAAUCUGCAAAUUGAUUGAAAUUAUUUCUUCAAAUGGGUUGUUCUUUAUUUCAGAGCCAUAUUGAUGCGUACUGGUUAACUUUUCAAUUGAGCCACUGGAUAACAACUUUACUGUUGGUAGUGAUGUCUUCAUUUAUUACACUGCUUUGUUAAUAUUCUUUCCUAGAGUAGGCUACAUUCACAAAACCAGUGGGAUCUGAUUGGAGUAGGCUAUAGUAGGAUAAAAUAUUCCCAAUAUAGUUUUAUUCACUAAUUAGGCUGCAUAGAUGUUUUACCAGAUUCCUGACUAGUUUCUGAAUCUGCGUGUGUUGUAGCUGUUCGUGAGCUGUUCGUCAGCGUCUGUAUCUUGACUUCUUUACAGUGAUAUUGUUGUAUCUUUGUUCUACCUCCUAAAGAGCUUGGCAGUCAAAUAUAGACAGGGUUGUGGGGGUUGCUGGGAAAUCAUUGUGUCCCAAAUUUGAUAUGCAGGUUUGGGCAACUUAAUAUACCAUAUGCAAAUAAAAUAAUUAUAUCCUGAUCCUAUGUUUGACUUUAAGACACCAAACAUGGAUAUUUGUAACAUAGCACAUUUGAGGUAGUCCUCAAAAUGAAAUAAUAUGCAAUAAUGUUUUCUGUAUUAUUUUGCUAUGUCAGAACCCUGAAUGAUAAUUCCCUAAAGUGAUAUUAUGACAUAAAAUAUAUUGUAAUUACAUCAGUUUACCUAAAUUUUAUUGUGUAACUGUGACAACUAUGUGAGCUAUGGUCUAUAAUCAGAAUUAUGUGAAAGGUCUAUUAGAACCACACUAUAUAGAGCUAGAAUAGUACAGGAAAGUGUAACUGGCUCUGUGAUUGUUGCAGUGGAUGUGAAAUUACCUAUGUCUUUUUCUAUACCAAUACGAUUGACAAUUAACUUCUCAGGAAAUGUUUGCAUUUUUCUCUAAGGCUUUUUCUUGGCUGCAAAGGUUAGCCAGAGUGCGUUAGUCUAAAUCAAUAUAGAAUGAUAUUAUGUUAAGUUACUCAAACAUAAGUCUUGAUGGAACACAUUAAUGUUGUUGCUUGUCUUUAUUUGAAUGUUGAUUUCUCCCCUGUUUCAAUGUGGUAUCUUGUGUUAAAUGAUUACUGUUAAGUUGAUGUAUUUUAUAAACCCCUCCAUGUCCUAAUGUUCCAACAUUUUCAAUUAUGAAGAACCCCCAGCUUUCGGUAUGACUCCAUGCUUGUGUAGAUAGGUUUUUACCCUCAUUGUUUUCAUGUGUACUCCAUUUUCUUGUAUGAUUGUUUUUUUUUUUCAUAUAUACAUUUGUUCUCUCUGUUUAUUAGAAUUAAUUGAUAGCACUGUUAUGUAACGUCCAUCAGAGGAAUACAAUGUAGUGUCUCACCGUCUCCACUUGUGUGUAAAGGGUUUAGAAUUUAGCUUUUGUUUGAUUCACCUUAAGAACUAUGGUAUUGCAUAGACUAUGACUAACUAGAUGAGAAUUAAGAAAGCAUUAAAGGAUGGUGGUCAUCUUAACCAAUUUACUGACCAUAUUACUUAAUAUCUUAGUAAGAAAA